AUGGAAUGGCUAUCAACGUCAACUGUGAUAGAAAGAGCAAAAGAGGAACUGGAAAUUUUGGAAACUAACCAUCCCAAUGGCUUUCACUAUUUAAAGUCGGAGCUCAAGAUUUUCAUCUCUAGUUUCGACUCUCACAACUUCCCUCCUCUAUGUAAUACUAGUACUGCUCCUAUGCCUACUACUUCCUCUGCUCUCACUCAAGAGUCAUCAACCAGCAAAAAGAGAAAGGCAAACAGGCUGACGAGCAAUGAGGAUGCUGAUGAAGCGGCUAUGCCGAAGAUUCAGAAGGUCGGCUCUAAUGGAUAUACAAAAAAGAUCGAUGCAGUCCUUGAGAGAGCCCAACAAUGUAUCCAUAAAAUUCGACGAUUCAAGGCCACUUUAGAAUAG